AUGGCUUCAUAUGUCUACACCGAACUCCAAGCUACAAUAGGUGACUUGAGGCUGGUCAUCUUGCAGCCAGGCAGCUACCGCGACGAGUUGCGCUGCAACAUUCUUCAUUAUCCACUUCUCGAGCCAAAGGAACCUUUCAAGGACGAAAGGCUGCCUGUGAGCGAAUUGCAGAAAACUCUUCCAGAUGGCUGGACGGUGGAUCAAACUUUGGAUGGGCGAUACCUGUUCAUGAGCCCACGCCACUCAGGAAUCCCUAAUUCUUGGAAACACCCAGAUCCCGAAUAUGAUUCGAAAGCAUACGCCAUGCCAGAGCAUUCUGUGAGCGACAUCUUUGCGUGGCACGUACCUCCAUAUGAGGCCUUAUCCUAUUCCUGGGGAACUGCCAAUGACGAAGAAUUCAUUCACAUUACCGACCCAGCCAGUACUCACAACACGCCAGCCUGGUUAAGGAUCCGCAAAAAUCUAGCUACUGCCCUGAGACAUCUUAGAUACGCGGAUCAACCGCGCACAUUGUGGAUCGAUGCCAUCUGCAUCAACCAAGCCAACGUUGAAGAGCGUGGGCGACAAGUCAAGCGGAUGAGCCAGAUUUACCCACUUUCCGAAAAGGUGAUAAUCUGGUUGGGCUCCGAGUUUGAGGAUAGCAAACAUGCGCUGGAGACCUUGGAGUAUUUCAGUAAACAGGUGGAAUAUGUGAUUUCUCAUCGGUGGGGAGAUGCCCCCAACGCCGAGCAGCUUGAUUGGUGGCGAGACGACGUUCCUCUGCCCUGGAAGGACAGGACUUGGAAAUCCAUAUCUUCGCUACUCCAUCGACCAUGGUUCGAGCGUGUCUGGGUUCUGCAGGAAGCUCUCUUGUGCGACCGUGUGGUGCUUCAAUGCGGCCGAGACGCUAUCGCCUGGGUCGAUGUACGCAAGGCAUUACUGGUGCUCCGACAGAAGUCAAGUCUGCUGCCAGAUGAUAUUAGGCGUCGUCUCUUCCCAUAUGCACGAGGCUUGAUGGCACCGCCGCUCGCUUCGUGUGAGCACCUGUUACUCUGGACGCGGAAUCAGCAAUGCUCAGACCCUCGAGACAAGGUGUACGGAAUUUUGGGCUUAAUGGAUCCCAGAAUCGUAGCCAAGAUCGAGGUGGACUAUUCUUUCCCUCCUUGGAAGACAUUUGCACAGCUCGUUUUAGCUGAACAUGACGUCUACCAGAAAUUGAACAUGAUCAAUAAUUGCGGCAUAGCGACGCGUCCCGAGGGGUGCCCAUCGUGGGUACCAAACCUGGAGCAACCAAUAGAAGGUGCCAACAUAGGGUACUUGAGCAUUCGAAGAUUUUACGCUUCUGCACGCUCCAGUGCUGUGGUGAAGCUCAUCGAGCCGGCUGACCAUCUACAAGUCACCGGGAGACGCGUGGCCAUCAUCAGUCGUGUUAGCGAUGACUUGAACGGCACAUUCGUACAACUCAUGGAAGUGGUCCGAGAUUGGGCACCGAAAGAUCCACAAAACGACAUGUACGUCUCGGGAGGACUUUCUAUGGAUGCAUAUGUCGAAGUCCUUGUGCGCGGCGAUCAAGUUGCUGUGAUUCUUGGAUGCGACUUCCCACUGAUUCUACGGCCUGGAGAUCCCGGCCGAUACGAGGUCGUUGGGCCGUGUUUCGUUCAUGGGCUAAUGCUCGGCGAGGCCUUGAAGCCACCUUUAAAGCCGCCGUGGAAAGAUGCGCUUCCCGUCACCAAAGGUUGGGCGAUGCCGUAUUUCAUCAACACCGAGACGCUCGAGCUUAUGAAGACCGAUGUGAGGCUCGGUUCAUUGCCUCUUGACUGGGAAGAGGUGGCGUCAAUCGAUCCCUUUUUGCCGCCCUUCGUGUUCAAGAACAAGAAUGAUGGGCGUAUCAGUGUUAAUGAUCCAAGGAUGUCGGUAGACGCUAUACAGAAAAGGGGUAUCGAACUAGAAACUCUAGUGUUGACAUGA